CAGCAUUAGCUGUUACUAGAAUAUCCUCGCUUCAGGCAGUUAGUCGCUUCUGAAACUUCGGAAAACGCGGAUCGUUAAACUGAUUGUGAGUCAACAGCAAGAGUAAAUAAGAUGUACUGAUGAUUGCCAGUUACAAUAUAUGAUUAAACAAGUACGAAGUAAAGUCAAGAAAAAUUGUAAAAAUGUGGACAGUUGUGGGAUUAUUUAUAACCUACUUAUUAGCAUUUAGUAAUUUAGCGGAAUCAUCGGAACAUAACAUUAAAAAUUACAGCUUCGCAAUUGAUUAUGAAAAUGACCAAUUUCUUCUUGACGGAAAACCGUUUCGAUAUGUCUCCGGAAGUUUUCAUUACUUCAGAACCCCAAGACAACAUUGGCGAGGCAUUCUUAGAAAAAUGAGAGCCGGCGGAUUGAAUGCCGUUUCUACAUACGUUGAAUGGAGUAUGCACGAACCUGAAUUUGACCAGUGGGUAUGGGAUGGAGAUGCGGAUAUUGUUGAAUUUAUUAAAAUAGCCCAGGAGGAAGACUUGUUCGUUAUAUUACGACCCGGACCAUACAUUUGCGCGGAAAGAGAUUUUGGAGGCUUUCCUUAUUGGUUAUUAUCUCGAGUCCCGGAUAUCAAAUUGCGCACCAAAGAUGAACGAUACGUAUUUUAUGCUGAGAGAUUCUUAAAUGAAAUUUUAAGAAGAACCAAACCUCUAUUGAGAGGAAACGGUGGGCCAAUAAUUAUGGUGCAGGUAGAAAAUGAAUACGGAAGCUUUUACGCAUGUGAUGAUCAGUAUAAGAGCAAAAUGUAUGAAAUUUUCCAUCGUCAUGUCAAAAACGACGCGGUUUUAUUUACAACAGAUGGAUCAGCUAGAAGCAUGCUGAAAUGUGGAUCUAUUCCGGGGGUUUACGCAACAAUCGAUUUUGGAAACGGAGCCAAUGUACCAUUCAACUAUAAAAUAAUGAGAGAAUUUUCACCAAAGGGUCCGCUCGUGAACUCAGAAUAUUAUCCUGGAUGGCUUACACACUGGGGUGAAUCCUUCCAAAGAGUUAACUCCCACAAUGUAGCGAAAACUCUCGAUGAGAUGUUGGCAUACAACGUAUCUGUAAAUAUUUACAUGUACUAUGGUGGAACAAACUUUGCCUUUACCUCUGGUGCAAACAUCAAUGAACAUUAUUGGCCACAACUGACUUCUUAUGAUUACGAUGCCCCACUCACUGAAGCGGGCGAUCCUACGCCAAAAUAUUUCGAAUUAAGAGAUGUCAUAGCUAAGCACAUGCCACUGCCAAACUUGAAAACUCCUGCUGUUGCUCCAAAGCGUGGUUAUGGUGUUGUCACUAUGACACCGAAAGUCGAUCUCUUUUCUAAAGCAGGCCGAAAUACUUUCGGAACUGUGCGGGCUGAAUUUUCAAAACCACCAACAUUCGAAUCUUUGGUCCAGAACAACUACCUAGUUUUAUAUGAAGCUGACUUACCAUUGCUUGAAAAGCCCGAGAACGUCACACUGGAUGCCGUAACCAAGGACAGAGCUCUCGUGUACGUAAACAACAAUCUUGCUGGUGUUUUGAACAGGAUGGACAAAACUUACUCCCUGCCUCUGACCGCUAAAAAUGCAAGGGACAUUAAGAUUCUGGUAGAAAACAUGGGUCACGUGAACUUUGGAAGCAUUGACGUUGAGGAUUUUAAGGGUAUCUUCGACGUGAAACUAAACGGUUCACCGCUAGCGUCGUGGAAGGUCACUGGAUUCAAGCUAGCAUCCGUUGUCGACAGCGAUCUCGGUGUCAAGGAGACGUCCGGGCAAACUGGACACUUGCACAACGGACCACAGUUCCUCGAGGGUCACUUCGUAAUCGAUGGCGAACUCUUCGAUACCUACCUGAACACACAGGGCUGGGGUAAGGGAGUCGCGUACAUAAAUGGCUUUAAUCUCGGUAGGUACUGGCCAUCGUUAGGACCGCAAGUUACUCUUUACGUUCCGGCCACCUAUCUUAAGAAGGGCAAGAAUAGUUUAGUACUGCUGGAGCAGGACUACGUCCCACAAAGUCGCACCUUUGAGUUCCAGACGAAAGCUAUUUUGGAUUAUCAGUAAUCUGACUAUGUCAGAGGCUUUAAUACCCAAGUGCCAUGAUUGUAAAAAUCUCUGCCGAUAAUUCGAAUUGUUAAAUUAUUAUGUUAAAGUAGUAAAUAGAUAUUGCUUGCAGUAUUUUAUCGAUGAAAAGGCUGUCAAUGCGAUUUUAUAAUUGAACGAAAGAAAAUUUGAAUAUUGUGUAUAACUUCUACAAGUAAAUUUCUACAUCAAUGUUUUUGACAAUGUCGCAGUAAGCGCAUCGAGAGCAUUACAUCAAUAUUUUCCUAUAGCUCUAUAAUAUUUAAAAUUAUCAUACCACGAUCUUUAAUAACGCAAUCUCGUCUGCCACUUGAAAUUCUUUGAAUUCAUCCACACCCGAUAAAGCUAGCGAGCCCCCUGCAGAUACAAAAAUUAUAAAUAUACAAAUAGCCCAUCGGCAACGCCCGCAAAGCACUCGUUAAAAAACUCAAACUUUACAUUGCGCACAUAAUGGUGUGUAUAGUCGAGAGAGCGACUAUACCUAAUUUGUGCCCCAUUGUCAAGAUUAACCUUCGUCGGCGCGGGUGGUCGUGCGACUCUUUCAAGCGCUACUCGAAAUCGAGCAUUACGCGAUAUUUUCAAAAUUGAUCGGCGAUGAUAGGGCCGUUCUGGUUCGGCCCUGGCGUCAUAUACACCGGAAGGGCUCGAGCGCGGACAAUAUCGCGAGUCUUUUGUAUAAGGAGCGCACCCGAGGAAAUCAAUGGUGCUAAUAUCCUACCGCAGCGACGAUGGCUCAGGUGACAAAUGAACGAGCACCGAGAGACGUAUCGCCGAUACGUUUCCUCGAUUAUCUACUCGCGCCUUCAAACGUCCCCGACGACGUUAUACGGUUAUGAUGAUACCACUAUACCGUCGAGGUGUGUGUUCAAAUGCGUGUGAAAAAUCGCCAAUAGAGUGACAAGGCUUUUAACGCACACCAGCAAUGUAUUUACUAUGUGGGUACAAAGCACAUUGAUCUGAUAUAUACGCGCGCAUUAGAGCUUUUUAUAGAGCUCAUCGUGUAGUCCCUCGAAAUUUUCACAUUUUAUUCGAACACCAAAUAUGAUAUAAGCUAGUAGUCAGAUUCUGUAUUUAAAAAAAAAACGUUGAAAAGUUGCGAUAUGACGAAGGAAGUUUGAAUUCAAGUUACGACUUUCAUUUGCAUUUAUUGCUGCGUCACUUCGACACAUUACUGUACAGGAGAAUACACAAUAUUUAAGUAAUGUUCACUGGUGGGGUGUGCCCUCUUGUGUAUUUUAUAGUUUAGCACAGCAUGAAUGGCUCGCAUUAUGUACAUCGGGACAAAAAGCUACUGGUACCGUCUGGUACAUUAAUAAAAAUGAUGCAAGACUAUAUAAAGGAAA